GCAUAAAAUAGCAAUAAAACUCGGCCCACGUUGCAGUCAGUAUAUAUGUAAGUAGUUACACUUAGGUGUCAGUAGGAGUUUUCAAACAAAAGGGUCGCCUUGGUUACUUAUGUACAAACAUAUAUACACAACUAUGUGUGUAUGAUUACAUUUACAUGUCAUGUUUAUUUCUUAAUACACGCAACUGUCUAAAAGCGCUGCCGAAAUAACAGAAAAUAAACGCAAAAUAAUUAUUUAAAAUGUCCAAUACAAAAACGCCAGCAAAAUGCAGUGUGGAGGAUAUAUCUUACAACGCCAAUGUUUGGCUGCAAGCCGCUAUGCUAAUCAAUGUUUAUAUGUCACUGAUUUGGGGCAUCAUCUACGGUUGCUAUAUACUCUAUAAUUUAGCCGAGCUGCAGGACUUCUAUGGCCGCUCCAUCAUAUUCGCUUACAUAUUAUCGUUGUUGGCGGAAUUCUAUCGUCUCCGAACGGGUUAUAAAGGCAACUUGGGCGCAGAGAUCAGCGAGCUGAGCAUCUUUCUAGUGACCACACCGUUAAUACAACUACCGUUGCUCGCGUUUCUUUUUCUCGCCGUACGUGGCGACUGGACGCUCAUCUAUCUGCUGAUUGAAUUGUUAUUUUGUUUAAUGUUAAUUGAAUUGAUUGCCGGCAUGUGGGCGUGGCAUAUUUUUGCGAAACAUCAAAAUGAUUUGCAUAAAUUGAAGCGACAAAUCGCGUUGCAAAUGCGUAAUGUCAAGGAAGAAACUGAGAAUACGGCAGGCACAUGGAAUGUGAUAUAGAUAUAAUUUAAAUACAUAAUUUUAAAUUUAAUUUAAUUUAAAAUAAUUUCAUUUAAUUUAUUCUAAUUUUUAUUUUGAAACACAUUAACAAAUGUUGUUGAAUAAAUAAAUAAAAUGGCAAAGUCACGCUUAUAACAGAGAACAAUUUGAAUUAUAAUUAUUUUAAACGCAAUUAUCGAGGCAUAAUUAGUAUUAUAUAAGUGCUAGCAAUAUUUUUCAAAUGCAGUAAUAAAUUAAAAAUUAAUAAAUUAAAAUAAAAUU